AACAAAAUUGCACAUUUCGUGUGGAACGCGCAACUGGGUAACUCAACCAGUGAAUGUUUGUUAUUUUAAACAAUGUUGUGAUCAUAUCGAGUAACUCACUUAGAGUUACUAUUUAUUUAGUGAAGCUAAAAGCUGAUUUAGUUUUAAUUUACACACACAAUUUAAUUAAGAUGAAUCCACAAAUACGACAGGCUAUAGUGCUUUCAGGCCUGAUGAUGUGCAGCAUAUCUGAUGGAUACAUAUUUGGACAAAUGUCUGGCAUGAUAGAUUCACUACGAUCUCCAGAUAGUUCGAUACGAUUAACGGAUGAUGAUAUUUCAUGGAUUGCAUCAAUAUUAAACAUGACAUGUCUAUGUGGCUACGCACUGCUUGCUGUAGUUUGUGAAUAUUUUGGCAGAGGAAAAACUGUGGGAUUACUUAGUAUACCUGUACUUGCUUCAUGGAUAAUGGUAUAUUUUGCUCAAGACAGGAUAAUAUUAUUAGCAUCGAGAGUUAUAGUUGGCGUAUUUUAUGGCGGUAUACUAAUUUUAACAUACAUUUGUGUUGGCGAAUACAUACCAUAUCGGACUAGAGCAUUUCAUACUAAUUUUAUGAGUAGUGUGGGAAAUAUAACGGGAACUACAUUGGGACAUGUACUGAGUAUAGUCUUGCAUUGGAGAACUGUAGCACUUAUUGGCAUUAUUCCCACAACACUGUCUAUAAUUCUGGCUUUGUGUUGGGAGGAAAGCCCGUCUUGGUUGGCUGGUAAAAGACGAUUUGAUGAUUGCGAAAAAUCAUUCAAAUCGCUGCACAUGCCGAGUAUAGAAUCAGACCGGGAACUAAAAUCUAUAAUCGCACACGAAAAACAGAAACAGUCGGAAUGUUCUAAGUUCAACCAAACUUCAUUUUGGUCUAGAACUUUAUCGGCAUGCAAGCGCAAAUACUUCUGGAGGAUAAUGGGAUUAAGUUUCGUCACACAAAUUUACAGAAUCGCUGGUGGUCGGAUUUUGUUCUCUACGUUUGCCAUCACCAUGUUACAAGAUAUAACUGGUCACUCUUACAUACUUUUAUUUACCUUAGCGGUUGAUGGAUGUGGGAUAAUAGGUGCUUUAAUAUCUUGUGGAUUUAUAAGAAAAUUUAAAAUGAGAAAGUUGAUAUUAGUAUCAGGGACAAUAUCGAAUUUAAUUCUGAUUCUGACAUCGGUGUCAUUGUUUUAUUUAAAUGAUACGUUUGUUAAUGUUUGUAUCAAAAUAGGAUUUCUAGCAUUGUACUUUAUAACGGUGUAUGCUGGUCCUUACGCUGUUAUGGAUAGUUUAUUAAGUGAAAUAUUUCCUCUUGAAAUUAAAACGUUUUGCAUGUUCCUUUUGGGCCUCAUGGGCGCCCCAAUACAGUUCUUAGCUAUUAAGACGUCACCAGGGUUGUUUUUAACAAUCGGUUAUCAUGGAGUUUUAUUGAUAAAUGCAGGAAUAGUAACGCUGUGUUUGAUUUAUUUAUGGGCAUAUUUACCAGAGACAAAAGGAAGAACUUUGCAAGAGAUUGAGUACUAUUUUCAUAACGGGAAAUAUGAAAACACUUGUAGUGCAGAAUGGUUUAAGAAUGAUCAAAUCGUCAAAAUUAAUGCCAAUUACAAAGACGAACAAUUAUAUUAGAUUAAGACUCUAUUUAUUAAGAAUGUUUUGUAUAUCUACGUUAAGAGGUAUACAAAGAUAGGUAGGUAAAUUAGAAACGUGCUUCAUGUAUUGAGGAUUCUGAGUUUGCCACCGUUUCUGUAUCGUAUCGGCGCCGAUCGGUAUUUUGUUUUUAUUUAUUUUAAAAUGUUUUUUUUGUUGUAUUUCAAUUACUCUAGUAAACUUUGGCGUAAAAUAAUUAUUAUAGUUGUUUUUGAACAAUAUGUAUAAGAAAUAACUUAGGCCCGCGUAACGCACCAAUUUUUGCAUUUAUGAGUAUUAAUAAAAAGAGUGGCUAUUUUUUCAGUGACUCACAUAAUUGUUUAAGUACUUACACAUAAAAAUGACGACCCACAUAGCACAAAGUGUAUGAGAGUGUAUUAAAGUUCAUUGAAAUGUUACAAUUAAGGGACACAAAAUUGCUUUUAUUAGAGGACGCAAUUUUAUUUUAGGGACAUGUGUUGAGGAUCAAUAGAAGCUUAACUCUAAGUUUGUGGGGUUACCGCCCUUGCCCCCCGGCAGCCAUCCUGGAAAAAGGGGUGCAAAAACCUUCUUCGCGAAAUCUCGGAAACUAUGCGUCUCAAAAAUUCGUAGACGUAAUUUUAUAACUUCUUAUAACGCUUAUAACUACUUUAAUUUUAAAUUUAGGGCAAAAAGAUAUCUGAACAUAUUUGUAGGCAAAGCGAUUUGCUACAUAUUAUAUCGUUAGAAUUUUUUUGUAGGACGCAUAGUUUCCGAUACAUCACGAAAAAGGUGUUUGCUCCCCUUUUACCAAGAUAGUGGCCGUGGGUCAAUGGUGGCAACCCCACAACUUGUGGUUAAGCUUGUAUUGAUCCGCCCACAUAUGUCCGAAAAAUAAAAUUGCGUCCUAUAAAAAUGUAAAGCUCAUAUAAGAUUUCCAUGGACUAAUAUGAAACAUGUCAAAUAAGAUUUUAAGAAAAUGGAUAAACAGUAGGUUUUUUAUUUUCAUGCGAUUUGGCGAUCGAUGCGAGUUUUUAAUUAACUUUAAGUUGGGUUUCUAUAUGAAAAUAACUCAGUACUUAUGUCGAGCAGGAACAGAAAGUCGUUUUUUAUAAUUAUUAACUUCAAUUUGUGAACUAUGUUCACAUAUUUUUGAUAUUCUAAAAUAUAUUAUGUUAAUACAACGAUAUUGUUGGAAAUGUUAAUUUUACACGCAAUUUAAAGUAAAAUGCAAAUGUGUAGUUGUAAUUAUUUUGUGUUUAAUAGUGGAAUAGUUAUUAAUUCGACCUUAUCUGUACACUAUUAUAUUGUAAACCUACGAAUUAUUUAAAAUUACGAUAUACAUAACAUUAAUCUAACGAACAACUAAUAAUUAAUUGUAUAUUUUUUAAAUUUACUUGGUCGCCUAUUUAUGUACAGUAAAAAUAAAGUAGUUUAAAAUAA